AAAAAAUUGUUUUAUAAGCUGUCCUUUUUUAUUACAGAAGACAGUUGGACACACGUGUUCGAUAAAAAAAAGUACAUCGGCCUUUCAAACUGUCAAACUCCACGACAGCAGACGUUCUUUCCGAUUUAAACAAAAUUCACAGUGAAAACCCAAAAUGAAGAACUUGACCACAAAAGACGUAUGGAUCAGCAAGCCAAUCUACGACGAUGCCGAAACAAGAUACUAUGAAGGCUUGGCCAAGGCCUCCUUAACUCCUUUGGCUAAUGAAGUUGCAAAAACACGUCAACGGUUAAUUGAAAGAAGGGAUACUUGUGCAGGACCUGAAAGCAACAUUGAUCUUGGAGCAGUGAAGUUCCUAGAAAAGAAAGUCGUAGAAUACGAAAAAGUAAUCAGUCAAAUUUUGGAAAAACUCUCGUUAUUAGAAAACAAGGUGGGCCAACUGGAGAAAGGUCUUCCUCAACCUGCCCCCACCAAAGCCAUCAAAAUCGAAAAACCGGAGGCCAAAGAAGAAGACGACGAUGAUGAUGUCGACCUCUUUGGCUCGGACUCCGAAGGCGAGAACGACGCCGCCGCCAAACUGAGGGAAGAACGUCUCGCUGCGUACGCCGCCAAAAAAGCCAAAAAGCCAGCCUUGAUCGCCAAGUCCAACGUAAUCUUCGACGUGAAACCUUGGGAUGAUGAAACUGACAUGAAAGCAAUGGAAGAGAACGUUAAGAAGAUCGAACACGAGGGUCUUUUGUGGGGUGCCUCCAAAUUGGUGCCAUUGGCUUAUGGUAUCCACAAGCUUCAGAUUUCUUGUGUCGUCGAAGACGACAAAGUCUCCAUCGAUUGGUUGCAAGAACAAAUUGAAGCCAAUGAAGAUUAUGUACAGAGUGUCGAUAUUGCGGCGUUUAAUAAGAUUUAAACUCUUAACCAUUUCCUUUUUGUUUAUUAAUUGUCUUUUUAAUUGAUUCAAUAUACACAUUAUUUUUACUUCCA